GCCCGCAAUACAAGAGAGUUAUCGGAGGAGCUAAGUAGGGGCAAGGACGAGCUGAAAACGUCACGUCGUCCCACCCCCGCCGUUUACUCUGUAGUCGGUGCCAAAGAAGGCAUUGCCUCCUAACGGUGUCACGGUCCUUCCGGAGCUGCGGACCGUAGUGUACUUAACGUGCACCGAGGAAUUCUUUCAUUCCAGCACGUACACUAGCGCCAAGGUGCAAUAUGAUGAGAACCGUGUUUCCGGCGCUCGCCAUCGGUGUAUUGUGCAUGCUCCUGGUGACCGGCCAUCCUUUGCCUGAAGACCCCGGGUCAGCCGCUGCCUCCCAAGAAUCGGCUCAGGACAUCGCCGAUGCCGUGAAGCAAGUUUCCGCUCAGAGUCCAGCCUCACAGGACGCGGUAGAAGCCGCUGCAGAAACCGCAGCCGCCGCGGCACCAGCAGCUGAAGGAGUUUCAGAAGCGGCAGCGGAAGCAGCCGCGGGAGCCGCCAGCGGCACUCACGGAGCACCCGUAGUUGCGUCGGUCGGCGCAGGAGCCGCCGAUGCAGCGUUGCCUCACGUCUCGGGGGCCGUGUCGGGACCACGCUACGAGCACGAGUCUCAGCAGCAGUCUUCUCGGCAAGAGGCAUUCAGUGAGGCGGCGCAAGGAGCCCAGCAAGGCAGUCAGGCGGCCGAGGCAGGCGAGGCCUUCAAGAAGGUCGAAGGCUUCGAGAAUCAGGGCGGCUUCCGAAAGCAGGAGGGCUUCUCGGAGAAGAGCAGCAACCGCUACGGGUCAGGAUUCUUCCAGGGCAGCGAGGGCCACAACGACUUCAACCGCGGAGACCAGCACUCAUUUGGAGUUGCCGGUUACGGUGCUCACCAAGCAGCGGGCGUGGUCGGCAACCCAAACUAUCACGAGCUCCUGAAGGUCGGCUUCGUCCCAUAAUUAGGACGAGAACAUCGACGCGCCAAAAUGUGCCAUUCAUGCAGAUCACGCCUACAGCAGGUCCCAACAUAAUCAAAUUCGUUUCUGAAUAAAGAAUGCAUACACAUUCUACUGCUG